UCCAGAAGUGCCGGGGCGAAUAAUACACAUGAGCACAAUUUAAUAAGAGUUAACAACUGUAAACACCUUCGUCCGAGAAAACCAGAGAGAGGUAUGGAUGCAGAGGGUUUCGGGGAGCUGCUGCAACAGGCAGAGCAGCUAGCUGCGGAGACAGAAGCGGUGUCAGAGCUGCCGCAUGUUGAGAGGAACCUCCAGGAAAUCCAGCAGGCAGGGGAGAGGCUUCGAUCCCGCACCCUGACUCGCACCUCGCAAGAUGCUGCCGACGUGAAAGCGUCAAUCCUUCUUGGUUCCAGAGGUUUAGAUAUCUUCCACAUUUCUCAGAGGUUGGAAAGUCUAAGUGCAGCUACCACUUUUGAGCCCCUGGAGCCGGUCAAAGACACAGACAUACAGGGCUUCCUGAAGAAUGAGAGGGACAACGCCCUGCUGUCAGCCAUUGAGGAGUCUCGCCGUAGGACGUUCCUGUUGGCUGAAGAGUACCACCGUGAGUCCAUGCUGGUCCAGUGGGAGCAGGUGAAGCAGAGAGUGCUGCACACACUACUCGGAGCAGGAGAGGACGCACUGGACUUCAGUCAAGAUGUGGAGCCCAGUUUUGUGAGUGAAGUGACCGCUCCAGGAAGGAGUGCGCUGGACAGCGUGGAGGUUGCCUAUGGACGUCAGAUUUACAUUUUCAAUGAGAAGAUAGUGAACGGUCACAUUCAGCCUAAUCUGGGAGAUUUAUGUGCCUCUGUAGUAGAAAGCCUGGAUGAUAAGAACGUAUCAGACAUGUGGCUGAUGGUGAAGCAGAUGACAGAUGUGUUGCUGGUUCCAGCCAAAGACACUCUCAAAAGUCGCACCGCUGUGGAAAUGCAAAUGGCCUUUGUACGCCAGGGACUCAGCUUCCUGGAGAACAGUUAUAAAAACUACACCAUGGUUACUGUGUUUGGGAACCUCCAUCAGGCCCAGUUAGGAGGAGUGCCAGGAACGUACCAACUAGUUCGCAGCUUCCUCAACAUUAAACUACCAGGGCCCCUGCCUGGCAUGCAGGAUGGUGAGAUCGAGGGCCACCCAGUAUGGGCUGUGAUCUACUAUUGUCUACGUUGCGGAGAUCUGAAUGCAGCCAUGCAGGUUGUGAACAGAGUGCAACAUCAGCUGGGAGACUUCAAGACCUGGUUUCAGGAGUACAUGAACAGCCCUGACAGACGCCUCUCCCCGACUUCAGAGAACAAGCUUCGUCUCCACUACCGCAGGGUGCUGAGGAACAGCGCUGACCCCUACAAGAGAGCCGUCUACUGCCUGAUCGGGAAAUGCGACAUCAGUGAUAACCAUGGAGAGGUGGCGGACAAGACUGAGGACUACCUCUGGCUUAAGUUGAACCAGGUGUGUUUUGAUGAUGACGGCAGCAGCUCUCCUCAGGACAGACUGACCCUGCCGCAGCUACAGAAGCAGCUGCUGGAGGACUACGGAGAGUCCCAUUUCUCUGCGAGCCAGCAGCCCUUCCUGUAUUUCCAGGUGUUGUUCCUGACAGCUCAGUUUGAGGCGGCGGUGGCGUUCUUGUUUCGUGUCGAGAGACUUCGUAGUCAUGCUGUGCACGUGGCGCUGGUUUUAUACGAGCUGCGGCUGUUGCUGAAAUCAUCUGGCCAAAGCGCUCAGCUAUUGAGCCAGGAGCCUGGCGACCCUCCCAUGGUACGCCGCCUCAACUUCAUCCGUCUGCUCAUGCUGUACACUCGCAAGUUUGAGUCCACAGAUCCACGGGAAGCACUGCAGUACUUCUACUUCUUACGCAAUGAGAAAGACAGCCAGGGAGAAAACAUGUUCAUGCGUUGUGUCAGUGAACUCGUUAUUGAGAGUCGGGAGUUUGACAUGCUGUUGGGGAGAUUAGAGAAGGACGGCAGUAGGAAGCCUGGAGUCAUAGAUAAGUUCGCCGGGGACACCAGAGCUAUCAUCAGUAAAGUCGCACUAGAGGCCGAGAACAAGGGCUUGUUUGAGGAGGCGGUCAAACUCUACGAGCUGGCCAAGAACCCAGAUAAGGUGCUGGAGUUGAUGAACAGGUUGCUGAGUCCAGUCAUCGCCCAGGUCAGCGCUCCGCAGUCCAACAAGGAGAGGCUAAAAAACACUGCAGUGGCUAUCGCUGAGAGGUAUCGUUCUCAGGGCAUAGCAGGAGAUAAGUCUGUUGAUAGUACUUUCUACCUGCUGUUAGACCUGACAACGUUCUUUGAUGAGUACCACGCUGGUCAUGUUGACAGAGCCUAUGACGUGAUGGAGCGUUUAAAGCUUCUCCCUCUCAGUCAGGACAGUGUGGAGGAGAGAGUGGCUGCCUUCAGGAACUUCAGUGAUGAGGUGCGCCAUAACCUGUCUGAAGUGCUGUUGGCCACCAUGAACAUCUUGUUCACGCAGCACAAACGCCUGAGGGGGGCACCAGCAGGCACUCCAGGACGACCACAGAGGACCAUAGAGGACAGAGACAUGCAACUCCGCAGCCAGGCCAGAGCCCUGAUCACAUUUGCUGGUAUGAUUCCCUACAACAUGGCCGGAGACACCAACGCAAGACUGGUGCAGAUGGAAUUACUGAUGACC